CGCGCGAGUGGUCGACCGACGACACACAGAGGGAGAGUCUACGGCGUGCGCAUGUUUUUCCUAGGCUGCUCACCCCCGGCUAUUCAGUGACAUUUGGCCAAGGGUAGAGGAUUCAGCGCGGGCGGGCGAGCUGUGUUUCGUGAGGACGGCGUAUUCGCGCGACGUUCGAGUUGGCACGGAAAGCCGACGUGUGCGCGAAAGCCGAUCGCGGUGAACGGCAGCGCGGGUUUUGUUUACGAAGCGCGCGCGCGCGCGCGAGAAAGGGUGUUUCUACGUGCUUGCGCCGCUGGAUGGCAGUGAGUGCCGGACGAGCAUGGGAGGACGAGUGGAAGGGUGAAAAGAGUGUUUCCCGCGCUGCGCACACGUGAGUAUCGUGAAGCAGCGUCUGCCUGUCGAAACGUUAAACGGCGAACGUCAAGUGCCAUACGAUGAAUGCGGGAUCUCGGCGAGAUUCACGGUGUACAUUGUCGAGAACGAGAAUCCCGAGUAAAGUCAGUUUCGCAGAAUGACAUUCGUGCGUUCUGCGCGAUCGCCGCGGUCAACGCGGACGGAUCGUCGUUCAACGACGCCUGCUUGUUUUCGCCCGGUGUAAACAGACUGUUCGCGAGCAACGCGAGAAUCAGAGGAUCAGAGGACGGGACAAUUCGUCGCGAGCAAUCUGUCGAUUCGCGAGUGAGCAUCGAGUGACGCGUUUCGGGCUUGACCGAGAUACGAGGAGAGCUCGUCACGUUGGGGCACGGCUCGCGCGCGCGCGCCAUCGAGCCUGUUACGUUUGUAUACCGGAAUGAGACUGCGUGAUUCUUGUUGACGAAGAAAUUCGCGACGUGGAAAUUCCUCGACGAUCUCGUACAAUAAACAAAUGAGGUUAGCUUGAUGCGGCAAGAUCCGAUACGUUGACGCGCACACCAUCGUGAGACAUGUCGUUUUCGCUGCACCGUACGGCAGACGUAGGGGAGAUAGUCGCACCGGAAGUCGAACGUCGAAAGUCCCAUCUGCGCGACCGAACGAACGAAAGAAUCGCGUGCAUUCCGAACGCGAUGGACGAUAGCGGAACUCCGCACACCUCCGUCGAUUCGAGCGGCCGCAGCUGCCAUGACAACUAUCAUGACAGCGUCGACAGCGGCUACCUGAGCGGCCUGACGCCGCACUCCAGCUACACCCCGAUGGUGAACACCGGUUACAAGAACAAGCUGUCCAGCGCGAUCGCCAAACGACACAGGCUUCGUUCGGAUCCGCGGCAGUGCGAGAAAUUUCACAGACAUCGCGCCAAGCUCAAUCAGCUGCUGAACGCUUCGGGAGCCGAGCAGCCGGUCUCUGAGAACUCCGAUUCCGGGCUGGAGUUGUCCCAUGCGAAUCAGGACUUCUGUCUGCUGGCACAUUCCACCCCGAGUUGCGUGAACGAUGAUUUCGACGAGGCUCUCGAGAAUAGGAGGAAUUGGAAGACCGCGGUUACUCCAGCUUCCGCGGGUCUCCAUCUUUUGUCACCGCCGCCCUCUCCGGCAAUGCCUACCUCGUCCUACGUGGCUUCGGUGCUUCAGGAGGAGGAUGUGGAGAUGAAACUAGUCGUACCGCAAGAGAGCACACCGAAAGCUGCGACAUCGCCGAAAACCCCGAUACCGCUCAUUGUCAUCUCGCCGGUUCACGGGAGAAUCAAUCCCGCCACCAUCACGUCGGUGGAAAAUCGACAAUUGAGUAAAUUGUCUAUCGCGGAUUUGAGUGCCAUACCCGAGAUCAAGCCGAAGAGGCUCGAUUUCAGCCACCGUGGCUUGUCGGAAUUGCGCUGUAGCGGCGGCACCACUUUAGGCUACGCGAAAAGGGACAAGGUGGAUUUCUUGUCGCUACUGGGAGAAGAGAGCAAUCACUGGAACGUAGUGUCGAAGAUCUUGUCUUAUCUCGGAUGUCAAGAUCUAUGCACGGUCAGCAUGGUGUCCGCCACAUGGAGAAGAAUUUGCAGAAAUGACACGAGUGCCAAUAGGCGGAGGACGCACUACAUUUCACGCAAACAGAAUGUCAAGGAGAAUUUCGCGUUUUUGAAGAAGAUGAAGCACGAGGAAGACAUACAGAUGAGUCCUAAGAGCAGAAAGGGAUGCUACGUGAGGAAGGGGUGUUUGUCGAAUGUGCAGAAUUUGCUGCAUGUGCCGUUAAAAUCGAACCCACCGAACAGCCCGCCCGUAUCGCCGAGCAAAAUCAAAUUUCACUCCUAUGUCAAGGCUAGUCGCACGCUCGCACAUGGUGAAUACCUGCUACCGUGUCCGAAAUGCACGUUUCCUUCCCACGUGGACAACAAGAAGAACGUGGGAACCUGCACGAGACAAGGCUGCUCCAUCGAAUUUUGCACCUCCUGCUCGUCGAAACCGCACAUAGGCCCGUGCAUGACACCCCUGCUAGCCACCCCGACGAAGCGCAACAAACGUCUGAUCGUCGGCUCAAGGCAGAGCAAGCGGAACUUGCGGAGGUUGUAAGAAAUUCGCGGCUCCGCGUAGUCCACACAUCGAUCCGUCGUCGUGGGACAGAAGAACUAGUCUAGCUACAGUCGCAUCUGCUCCGUCGAAGUGGAAGAUGUAAAUUAUAGGCGCAGAGAUAUAUAUAUGUAUAUAUAUCUCUCUCAGUUAUAUAUAUAGUAAACGUAUCGAGAAUCAAAAGUGCAGGCCGCGAGUUACAAUUAAAUGUAAUUUAGUAAUUAAUUAAGCAACAUUUGUGUUUAGCGUGAUCGCUCGAAUGGCUUCGAUUGCACCUUGUACCGAAGUUAUCGAUGUACGACGCAUAUAUCUUUCGUGUUUUUAAGUGCCUUAACCGAUGGUGGUUCCGUAUAAGGUCUGUUACUACUCACGGAGUGGCAUAAACGAGUUAGUCGCAUAGUUAUUAGCUAUAAAUUCUGAUCGGUGAGUGAAUUUUUAAACGCCGUAAAAUCAGCGAACGCCCUAAUUUGCCCCAAUCCAUCGGCACCAGGGUUAAUGUAUUCAAGUAUCGCUUAAAUCUCCCGAGCGACGGCGACGGUGCAACCGAAUGUCCAAUUUCUCCUCCUUCUCGACGGUCUUUGUGGUAAACUCGAAACGAAAGACCAACGGAGAAAAACUCAGUACCUACAAAGAACACAGGAGGGAGGGAGCAGGCGAGAGGAGGAGGAAAAGAGGAAAGAGAAGGAACAUAAGGGAGGAGAGAGAAAUGAGAAACCAUAAAGGCAGCGGUCGUAAAACCCGCUAAGGGAUCGGCGAAACACUUUGCGCGCCGCCCGGAUAUUCUGCUUUUUACCGGGCGCUCGGUUCCUUAAUGAAGCCGGGGAGAGACGGCGACGGCGUUGCGUUGCCGCUUGCUCUCGCGGGAAUCGUCUCGUAAAAUAUUAACUGCUGAAUAGAACGAUCGUCGGGACGAUCAGGGUGUGCGCGCGAACCACAGACAAUCCUCAUCCGCGGUUCGUGUUAGAAUCUUUGCGGAUCUUCAGUGACCUUAACAAAGUAUUUAAUUAUAUUCGUACUUGCGUGCAUUCGUAGUUUCAUUUGAUUAGAAUCGCUCCAGAAGUAUUAUCGAAGUACGUAGAGUUAGAGCCGACGAGGAAACGGAACAAGUAUAGUGCCAGAGUAGAAAGUAAGAGAGAAUAAGAGACAGCAACUGUCGUUUAAUCAAGGGGCAAGGGAAUCGUCGCGUCGUUGUCGGAUAUUAAAUUCUAAUAACUGACGUCACAGAAGCCGGUACAAAGAACUUGACGUUUGUGCCAUGAGAUUAGUUCGCGUCAUAACGCGUUUGCCAUACUAUACUUUUUAAAGUAUACUAUACUUGAUAUAGUUACAGAGAAGAGCAGGAGGGGAGAAGGAGGUAUUUUUUGGAGUCUCUCGUCUCCGUACAAAACCCUCGACGGGAUGCCAUACUUUGUUUACAUUUUGCUUGUAUAUUACAAUGUGUCUCUCUCUCUCUCUCUCUCUCUCUCUCUCUCUCUCUCUCUGAGCGUUUGUGCUCGAAAGAAACGCUCGUUUGUCCUGUUAUUUGUAAUGUUGCUUCUUUACCGUUGCAUGCGAGAAAGCGAGAAAAAAGACUGCAUGUAAAUAAUCGAGCGUGAUAAUAUAUAUAUUUUUUUGUUUAUACGUUUUUCGCGUUAUACAUGUUGCAAAAUUUCGUGUUUUAUCUCACAAUGCGUGACGUAACGUCGUCAUGUCUGUCGAAUUACUCCGUGGUCCUUACAACGAAAUCAAUUUCAAAUCGAUAUAUUGUCAUGAUUAUUUUUUCAAUAUAGCAAAUAAGUUAUAUUGUUCCUAGGAUAAAGAUUUUAUCACUCGACGACCACGAAAUAAUCCGAGUGAAAGAUAUUUUCAUAAAUGCAAUGUAUUUUAAAUUAUUUACAUCGAUUGUUUUAUCAUGAUCAAAAUUGAAAUUGUUGUUUCAUAUUUUAAUUGGAAAGAUCUGAGUAUUCCCGUUGCAUGUGAUUUUCGCGUAAUUUAAUAUACUUAUACAUAUAUUUAUAUCUCGCAUUGAAUUCAUAAAAGUUUUCGAUUCGUGUGCAUUAUUGAAAAGUGUGAAAAGUGCUGUUUAUUUUAAUGAAGAAAUUAAAUAACGAUAGAAUCAUAGUGAAUGAAUGAAAUUAAGGAUUCAGUAACUGAUUUUUUUUCUUUUUUGUCCCGACGAUUCGACUCAUAUAAGUAAUUUCACUCGGUAUUUUAAACAAAAUUUCUGUAGACUUUUACUUUUUAAUACUCAGGAGAUACUCGGACAGGAACCCAGUACAUCUUAUUAGCCUAAGCUAUAUUAAAAGAAAAAAAGGAAAGGAGGGAAAAAAGAAAUCUUUAACAAUGAGGAGGUGAUACCAAAUAAAAUGCGUGUUGAAUAUGCAAUAAGUUAUAAAAAUCUUGAUAUUUUUAUAAGAACAAACGUAUUUUAAUACCUAGAAUAUAAGAAAUUCUUAGUGUAUCUGAUCUAGGAUAGGUUAAAAAUGCGAAAAUGCUCAAUAUUCUCAAUUAUGUAUUAUUUCACACAACUUGAAAUUUCCAACUUGGAAUUAGACCGAUUUUUAAAGACACGAGUGUCUACGAAAAAGUACUGGUGUAUCUGCGUUAAAAUAAUCAACAUUGUAAGCCCGUUUAGGGUACGUUCCUGAUUGUCAAUUAAGUAUAGUGUUUCUUUCGCAUACUUACAUUUUUAUAUUUCAUUCAAAGUCAAUAACAAGAAUCGUGUUUGUGUUGAAUAAAUAUUUUCGUGAGAUCA